GUUUUCUACUAUUACAAAUUUAAUUUAAUCGUUGGUCUUGUGCCGGUUUAUCAUAACUCCAAUGGCUAACGCCAACGUUUCCUCUGUCCUGCAGCUUCUUUUUCUUCUUAUUAUCUUGUCUGGCAAUGCUGUUGAUUCUACCUCUAUCAUCAAGUAUCUUCCUGGUUUUGAAGGUCCUCUUCCUUUUGAGUUCGAAACCGGGUAUAUUGGUGUUGGUGAGGAAGAGCAAGUGCAGUUGUUCUACUACUUCAUCAAAUCUGAAAGGAAUCCAGAAGAAGACCCUCUUCUUCUCUGGUUAAGUGGAGGACCUGGUUGCUCUUCAAUCUCCGGUCUUCUUUACGAGAACGGGCCUGUGACUGUGAAAUUUGAGGUUUACAAUGGGACUCUUCCUUCCUUGAUCGCUACUACAUAUUCAUGGACUAAGAUAUCAAGUAUAAUAUAUUUGGAUCAGCCUGUUGGAACUGGCUUCUCCUACUCAAGAACUCAACUUGCUAGCAAACCAAGUGAUUCAGGAGAAGUCAAGCUGAUCCACGAGUUUCUUCAAAAGUGGCUAAACAAGCGUCAAGAGUUUUUGUCCAACCCUUUUUAUGCAGGUGGAGAUUCUUAUUCCGGUAUGGUUCUUCCCGCACUCGUUCAAGAAAUCUCAAAAGGAAACUAUUUAUGCUGCAAACCUCCAAUAAACCUUCAGGGCUACGUGCUCGGAAACCCUGUAACCGAUAUUGAGUUUGAUUAUAACCAUCGCAUUCCGUUUACUCAUGGAAUGGCACUGAUCUCUGAUGAACUUUACGAGUCGAUGAAGAGAAUCUGCAAAGGAGAGUAUGAAACUGUUGAUCCAAGUAACAAGGAAUGCUUGAAACUCGUUGAAGAAUAUCAUAAGUGCACUGAUAGAAUAAACUACUCACUUGUCACGACGCCAUUGUGCGAAGAUGACCCAUCUCCCGAUUGCUAUGAUUAUCGGUACGUGUUAACUACCUACUGGGCCAAUGAUGAGAGUGUGCGCAGGGCUCUUCACAUUAAUAAGGAGAGUAAAGGGAAAUGGGUACGUUGUGACUGGGAUAUGCCUUACACUAAUGACAUCAAAAGCAGUGUACCAUACCAUAUGAAUAACAGCAUCAAUGGCUAUCCUUCUCUCAUCUUCAGUGGUGAUCAUGACAUGUAUGUGCCUUCCCUUGGAACUCAAGCUUGGAUUAGAUCGCUUAACUAUUCUGUCACUGAUGACUGGAGACCUUGGAUGAUAGGCGAUCAAAUCGCUGGAUACACGAGGACUUAUGCCAAUCAAAUGACAUUUGCCACAAUCAAAGCAAGUCUUUUCUUUGACACACUCCAGAGUAUAAACCAAAAGAGAGUUAUAUCAUGUUCCAAAGGUGGAUCAGUGGCCAACCUCUUUAGCAACAAGUCCAAGUCAAAGUCCAGGACCGGUCAUUGGGAUAUAGUUAGAUCAUGAUUCAUGGACAAUGAAACAUUGGCCCAAAACUCCACUUUUGGUAUAACAUACAUAAAUUACAUAAUUCCCAAUUAUUAAUGCAAAAUCUUACUAAAGUGUCAUUUUAACA